GUUUUCGUCCAUUCGAAUUCGAUUCGAAUGAAAGUUUAUAGUAAUAAAAGAAACUUUGUGAUGUGAUUCAUGAAUAAAUUGCAAAACUGGAUCAGUUUUCAUAAAAUAAAGAUUUGUUUUGUUUAAGGCAAUACCUACUGCCCGGUAGUCAGUGUGCAAAUCAUUCUAAACAAUGGUCGCUUCCGACUGGGACAGCCUACGGAAGCAGGCUCGUCAUUUGGAAAAUGACAUCGAUCUGAAGCUGAUUGCAUUCAAUAAGGUUGGAGUCGGCAGCAGCCCGUUGAGUUCGUCUUCGUUGGGAAGCGGAGCGACGGCCGACACGGCUCCGCUGUUGGGCGAUCAUGUAUUCGAAUCACUCUCGCUGGAAAUCGAACAGAUGCUGGACAAGCUGUCGGGCAUCAAUGAGAAAAUGGCUGAAAUCCCUGGUAGCGGAGCGGCCGUCAUGCAUGUGCUGCAGCGGCAUCGGGAAAUCUUGCAUGGUUAUCGGCAAGAGUUUCUAAAAAUUCAAGCUAACCAUACGACAAGGAUGGAACGAGAGGAGCUACUGCGCGGAUCCGGCCUGGCACCGUCCUCCGUUAGCUCCCCUUCCACAUCCGGCUUGAGCCGGAGGGAUAUGUAUUUGAAGGAGAACACACAUUUGCAUAAUUCGAGUUCCAUGGUUAACGAUCAGAUUAGCAUUGCGAUGGAAACGAAGGAGCAUUUGAGCUCACAGCGGCAGCAUCUAAAGCGCUUCCAAACCAGGAUGCAUGACAUAUCGCAUCGAUUCCCGAUAAUUUCAAGUUUGGUUCAACGGAUCAACAUUCGUAAACGGCGCGAUUCCCUAAUCCUAGGAGGAGUGAUUGCGGUGUGUACGAUUCUGCUAUUACUCUAUACGUUCCACUGACGGAUGCUAACGCGUAACGCUGUCUUGGAAGGUCCAAUUAUCCGGCGCAGGCUCUGGCGAACCGCCCACAAUUCGAAGCAAAUAUUUUUCUGUUGUUUAUUAUGAGAAUAUACAGUAUAAUCCAUCAUCACAACCUUGGGAGAUGUUUUAUAACUGACAUUAUUUUGUAGAGUAAUCGUAGGACCUGAAAAGAGUCUGAAACUAUGAUAUAGGAUUAAUAAUAAAAGAUUGAGUCGCCUUCAACGGCAUUAUGUGAUAGUACU